AUGUCCCGUCACAAACCCAGUCCGUCAACAGCCGUCGGAUCGGUCGCCUGCAAACAAUCCGUUGAAUUACAUCAGUCCUCCGCCGGUCAUUCCAGCACUACGGCAUUCAGUUCGGUCCGACUACGAACUGGAAUCAAGGUCAUUUUUGCAGGUCUGUUUGUGCUUGUUUGCAGUCUGGUCUUUUACAAGCACAUUGUUCCAACCAGACAACAGACGACAAAUCGUUUGUCACCCCAGCCGGUGACAACAACUCGACGACCGGCCAUUUUGCAAACGCUUCAUACUCUCGGUUUAUCUACGGAGGAACCUGAAACUGUCACGCAGGCGAAAAGCAAACGAUCAGCUGACCUUCCGGAGCAGUUGGAAUUCGGACCGUUUGAUGAACCGAACAGAGCUGAAUAUACCAAUGUCUUGACUGCACUCCGUUUACAUUUGGGUCAGUUGUACGCAGUAGAUGGUUCCGGACCGAAGACCAAUCAGAGCUAUUACGACCUCUCACUCCGACCGUGGACUGAGCAGCUGAAAGCGAAUUUCCUCUGGGCUGUCAACUUGCACAUACCGAAUAAGGCACAGCGUACUGCAUACUUUGAAAAACUCCAACAGGAUUCGGGACCUGUAGAGCCACCUCCGAGGUAUGCACAUGCGGUGGUUUUUCAUCCACCGGAAGUUCGUGAGUACUUAGUCGGGCCGAUGAAUGAACCGAAAGAGAUUCGUUUACUUCGUACCGUACCGUAUUAUAAACGUCCACUUGGGACAAUCGAGUACGAGGCUUUGAUUGAUUUUCUCACUAUCCACUGUGCCCGACUUGACCCCUUGCUACAAGAAGCGUAUGGAGCAAGCUUUCUACGGGAUGAACCUAGUGGAUCGGCACCGACAGUUCACAGUAGCGGGAAUAGCUUGUGUCAGGCCAAGUACGACAGACCUAACGCACGGGGUCGUCCACAUUGUUUAAUGCCCACAUUCACAUCUCCGAUGAUUACACACGCAGCUCCCGGACGCAGACGCACGUGGCUUCGAUUAAUGCACCAAGUGAUUGCAUUUAUUCAGCAACCAGUGGAUAUCCAGUUCGAUUUAGUCCUUUCUGGGGAUAUCGGUCCGGUUGAGAUAAAACAAGGUGUAUGUUUAUUCGAAUCGACCAUAGAUCCACCGGGCAGUCCGGUGCGGAGGCAUUUUGAAUUUGUUAUGACCCCUCCAACCGAGCAAGAUAUUCCAACCAGCCAAGGGAACGAUUUUACCAAUUUCGGGUUUGCUGCCCCUGGGCGAGCCUUAACACUACGGUUCAUAACCAGCCUGUUUAACUACGAUUAUCUUUUCGAUGUGGUUUUUCAUACGACCGGUGUUCUGGAAUUCGCUGUGACUCCGUCGGGACAUGUGCAUAUCGAUGCAGUCUAUCCGUGGCCCAUCACAGACAGAUCAGCGUCUCGGCAACCGGAAAACACACCGCAUGCGUUUGGCUUUCUGUCCAACACUGAUCUGCUCAGUUUUGUCAUUCAUCAUCAUCUGUUUCACUUCAAACUCGACGUGGAUGUGGUUGAUCAGAUGAACACGUUUGACGCGGUUCAUGUGUAUGGACCGUUGAGUCUGAACGAUUCACGAGCUAAUCUUCAAUGUCCUGGUCAAACUGAACCUGGUCUACCCCCCGGACUGUGGAUGACUAAAACGCGGAUACGGACGGAGCUGGAAGCUAGGUUUCACACGAAAUUCGAAUUGCCGGUCCAAUAUUUGACCUGCGCUAAACCGGUCCAAGAUAGCCCAGUGGAUAGACCGAAUCAUAGAUGCAUAAACUUGGUGAACAAGGGAGCAAUCAAAACUUUGCUAAGUGACACUCAUACCCAAGCAUUUGCUUGGACUCGGCACCAGUUGAGCGUUACAAGACAGCACGACAGUGAACCUCAUGCCUCCUCCAUCUAUAACGGCGUGGACUUAUUCGACCCGUAUGUGAAUUUCACCAAAUUCAGUGAAAACAAUGAAAGCAUUGAGAAUGAGGUGAACGGAAUUCCUUAUUACCUGGUUCGCGGAGCUUGGCAAUUUGAUGGCAAACGUUUCAUUACCAGCCAAGGUGGCACUGUCACAAGCACUGAUGAUGUCAACGCGGUUGGUGAUGAAACGUUUGCAAUCUAUUUGUACAAAUCUGAUUACCGGGAGUAA